AUUCAACUGUCAGGUGACAAGCCCAGCCAUGUUUAGGACAACGAACUGAUCUGAUCAUUAGAACUAUGGAUCCUCGCUCUACUGCCCAGGACGUGCACCGAUGUGACCUUUGUGAGACCGCCAUAGCACAAAGCUACUGUGACCUUUGUCAUGUCAACCUAUGUAAGCCUUGUAUUGGAGAACAUAUCUCUGAUGAAUAUGACAAACAUAAAAUAGUCCGAUUCAAGGAUCGAAAUUCAACAUUGAUUUAUCCGAAAUGCACAAUGCAUCCAGAGAAAAACUGUGAACUUCAGUGCAAAAAUUGUGACAAUUUUAUUUGUUCGUCCUGUACUGCUUCUGAACAACACAGAGGACAUGCAUUUGUUGAAGUUACAGACAUUUACAUCGCAAAAAAAGAAGUAAUUGAAGAGGAUACAGAGAAGUUACAGAAUAUCAUUAUCCCUCAAUAUGAAGGAAUUGCACACGACUUAGAAGGUCAGAUUGCUAAUCUAGAUGAAGAAUAUGAGAAACUAAUAACAGAAAUUUCAAAACAAGGAGAGGAGUGGCACAAAGAAAUCGACAUUGUCAUAAACAGGGUUAAAACUGAAAUAAGUGAGAUAAAAAUCAACCACAGAGAAGUUUUACAGAGACACUUGGAUGAAAAUAAACAGAUACAGUCUCUCAUAGAUCAAACGCAACUAGCUAUUAAAGAAAUCAAGAAAUCUCCUGAAGUAUCUUCGACCAUAGAAUACAACUCUAAGAUCAAAGAGUUAUAUAAUCUUCCGCCGCUCAAAGUCAAAGUAUUACUGCCAACAUUCAUCCCAAAGCCAUUAGACCAUGAGAAGCUAUAUCUUUUGUUUGGACAGAUCGCCCCAUUAACUACUGCUACCGAAGAAACUGUUUUGUCACCAAACUUACCGACGAAUUCAAUCAGAGAAUUAAUGGAUGAACCGGAGCUAGUUGCUACAUUGCAAACUGGUUAUAAUAAUCUACUAAGUAUUACCUAUCUCGAUGAAGACAGGAUAUGGACGUCUGGACAAACCAAUGCCAUCAAAUGCUUCAGCUUUAAAGGUUCACUACUGCAGAAAAUUCAGACAAAAUCCGGAGAAUGGCCUAGUGAUAUAGCUGUAAACAGUGAUGGGGAUCUAUUGUACAGUGAAUGGUUUACAAGAACUGUUAAUAAAGUCAAGAAUGGAGUAACAGAAGAGUCGAUCAGUUUACAGGGAUGGAAGCCUGCUAAUCUUUGUGCCACUUCUACUGGUGAUCUCCUGGUUGCCAUGUACAGUAAUACACAAACUCAAUCCAAAGUUGUCCGUUACUCUGGAUCUACAGAGAAGCAAAUCAUUCAACUUGAUGACAAAGGUAAGCCUAUAUUCUCAGGAAAUAAUGGUAUGAAAUGCAUCACGGAGAACAGAAACCAUGACAUCUGUGUAGCUGACUGGAAGGCUGAGGUAGUAGUGGUGGUUAAUCAGAACGGGAAGCUAAGAUGGAGGUACACCGGUCAUCCCCCAGUUGCCAGGACCAAAUCAUUUAAGCCUCGUGGUAUCACAACGGAUACUCAGAGUCGUAUCCUGACAGCAGACUAUGACAACCAUUGUAUCCAUAUUCUAGAUCAGAAUGGAUUGUUCCUAUGUUUUAUUAAUAACUGUGAUCUAGAGUAUCCUCGUGGUUUAUGUGUGGACAAAGACGACAAUCUGUUUGUGUGCGAGUAUUACAAAGGCAAUGUAAGAAAAAUAAAAUAUUCAAAAUAGACACAGGCGUUUGACAAUGAUGUAUUUCGAACAAGAGAUUUUCGUGAAUGCGAUGAAUAUCAAAAUUGGAAUGUUUAAUCAGAUGCAUUUAAUCAGUCUGUUAUUAAAUUCGUUAUAAAUAUUUAUUCCAUAAAUAAAA